AUGCUUAAUAAAUCAAGAUCAAGAUUACCUCCGUAAUUAUUAAUAACUCCUAAAUACGAUGAAAACCUCAUAAUUUGUAAAACCUAAGAAGAUUUAAUAAAUGUGCGUAGAAGAAAUACAAGUUACGAACAAAGACCAAAGUAGUAAAAAUAUAAUUUUCAGUUGUGCCAUUAGAUUGGAAAGGGAUAAUUCAGUAAAGUUAUGCUUGUAAAGUAAAAAUUAAUAUUAUAAGCAUCUAGAAAUGCAGGUGUACUAUAUGCUUUAAAAAUGAUUGACAAAAAGCUUAUUUAAAAGUACAAUAUUGGUUAAUAAGUGUAAAGAGAAAUUGACAUUUAAUCAUCAAUAUAACAUAAAAACAUAGUUAAAGUAUUUGGAAAUUUUCAAGAUAAUGACUAUGUAUAUUUAAUAACUGAAUAUUGCGAAAAAGGAAAUAUAUACUAAAAAUAAUUCUCUAAAGAAGAAAUUAAAAAAAUAAUAAAACAAAUAUUAGAAGGAAUACAUUACCUUCAUUCUAUGGGUAUUAUGCAUAGAGAUGUUAAACCAGAAAACAUUUACUUAACUUAAAAUGAUAUAAUCAAAAUAGGAGACUUUGGCUUUUCUAAUUAUAGAGGUAGAAGAAAAACUUAUUGUGGUACUCCUGAAUACAUGCCUCCAGAAAUUGUUCUUUCUUAGAGUAAUAACAAUUAUUAUCAUGGUUAUGAUGAAAGAGUUGAUAUUUGGGCUAUUGGAAUCUUAUUAUUUGAAUUAUGUAAUGACACUGUUCCUUUUAGAGAUUCUGAUCGCAAUAGAUAGCAAGAUAGAAUUUGUAGGGAAAUCAUAGAAUUUAAAGAUGAUCAAGAUCCUAAUCUAAAUGAUUUUAUCUUUAAAUGUUUGAAAAAAGAUCCUAAUCAAAGGGCUUCAAUUUAAGAAUUACUGCUGCAUCCCUACUUAUAAAUUUGA